ACCAGUUGCAUAAAUACACCGAGUAACAUUUUUGACUCCAAUUGCAGCAUUUGACAUAGCUGCCUUACAGUGAAAUAUUUCCUCAUUUGUAGUCUACUGAAUUAGCACUAAUUUAAGUUAAGCCGUGGAAGAAGUGGCACAGUGGCAAUUUGGCGCUGAAAAAUUGAACUAUCAGAGCAUUUGAAUUCAGGCACUGAAUUAAAGCAAGUCGGCAGCUGCAGAGAAAAUCAAUUCCCAAGACAAGCCAAGCACAGCAGAGUGACAUUUUCCCCUCAGUGCCCCUGUGCCAGACCGACCAUGCAGCGGGAGAAGCUGAAGUGUAAGAAUCUGCACGAGUACAUGAGGAGCCUCAGUCCGACCAUUCUCGACAAGCUGUACAACCACCCGGCAACAUGCCUGGCUGUCUUCAGGGAGCUGCCGGCACUGGCUCAGAAUUACGUCAUGCGAUUGCUGUUCUUGGAUCAACCCCUGCCCCAGGCUGCCGUCACCUUCUGGGUGAAGAAAGAUAACCAGCGGGAUCACGAUGAGUGCAUGAGCAUCCUGAUGGGGCUUCGGCUCUGGCAUUCCCAGCAGCUUCCCGGUGGACUGCAGGGCCUGGUCCUCAAUCCCAUCUUCAAGGAGAACCUUCGUAUCGCGCUUCUUGGAGGGGGCAAACCCUGGGCAGAUGACACCAGCCAGCUGGGACCUGACAAACAUGCUCGAGAUAUCCCCUCGUUGGACAAGUAUGCCAUGGAGCGUUGGGAGGUGGUUCUCCAUUUCAUGGUGGGCUCCCCCAGUGCAGCAGUUAGUCAGGACCUGGCUCAGCUCCUCAUUCAAGCUGGACUGAUGAAGAGUGAAGCAUCGGAGGCUCCCUGUAUCACAUCAGCCGGCUUCCAGUUCCUGCUUCUGGACACGUGCUCCCAGCUCUGGUACUUCAUGCUCCAGUAUCUGCACACAGCCGAGUCCCGAAGUAUGGACCUGGUUGAGAUCCUGUCCUUCGUAUUCCAGCUGAGCUUCUCCACACUGGGCAAGGAUUACUCUGUGGAAGGCAUGAGUGACUCCUUGUUGACAUUCCUACAGCACCUGAGGGAAUUUGGACUUGUCUUUCAGAGAAAGCGUAAAUCAAGGAGGUUCUAUCCAACGCGGUUAGCCAUUAACCUGGCUUCAGGGGUGUCUGGCAGCUCGGUGGAUGUGCACCGUCAGGGCUACAUCAUUGUAGAAACAAACUACAGGAUCUACGCUUAUACUGAUUCUGAACUCCAGCUGGCUCUCAUAGCGCUUUUCUCUGAGAUGCUUUAUCGGUUUCCCAACAUGGUGGUAGCUCAGCUGAGCAGAGAGAGCGUGCAGCAGUCCAUUGCUAAUGGAAUCACAGCUGAACAGAUUAUCCAUUUCCUGCGGACGAGAGCCCACUCGGUGAUGAUGAAAGCGAAUCCAGUGCUGCCACCAACGGUCACCGAUCAGAUCCGACUCUGGGAGCUGGAGCGAGACCGACUUCGAUUCACAGAAGGUGUAUUAUACAACCAGUUCCUCUCCCAAGUGGAUUUUGAGCUCCUUCGGAACUACGCCCGGGACCUGGGCGUACUCGUCUGGGAAAAUCCUUCCAAGAGACUGAUGGUAGUGACUCCUGGGGGACAUCCUGAUGUCAAGCGUUUCUGGAAGAGACAGAAGCAUAGCUGAUGAGCAGGAGGGCACAGAAGGAUAGCUCACUGGGGAAGGGCCUGACCACCCUACGAACUGCCAGGCAGAAACCAGGAUCCCGAAUUGCCAACCAAAUUAAUCGGGGGUCAGGAAGAGAAUACUGCAGGGAUUGGAUUGCAACCAGCCAGGAAAAGGGACUUGAACUAACAUGAACCUGUUUACUGUUUCUAUGUGUCGAGUACUGUUUUUCAAUAAAAGCUGGAGGGAGAAAUCUCUUUCUUAAAA